UUCAACUUCAAGUAUAGAGAUAAACACAACCAUACAGUAAAUAAAUAUAUAGUGUUCGGUCAAUCUAUCCACACCGCCCGGAUGUGUGUAGUAGAAUGCACUAAAGACAGCAAGGGUAGAAAGAGCAUUCAAGAUCUUGUCCUCCUUUCGAUGCAACACACUGUUUGAGGCAAAAUACCAGCUCUCGUGCAAGACUGAUUCAGCACUUGGCUUGCCAGACAGCACCGGCAACGAUGGAAGGAUUAUAUCGACAAGAACAUAAACAUACACAAAAAUCCGCACUCCCAUCGUUGACCACAAGUAAGGCGGAGUACAACGGCGUAUCACAAACAUUAUUUCCAGCGAUUUAUCUUCGCAUAAAGCGGUCUGGUUAAAUACUUCCUUUAAAAGCCGUGCAUACCGUCUGAAGACCAAGACAAAGGGAUUUCCAGUCACUUUGAAACAAUCGCACGAUGUGUGCCGAGGACAGAAGGUUGCCGAGAUGCGUCGCAAACCCUGCCAUAGCCUGCUAACAAACACGCGACGCAGAGGAAUAGCCGGGAUAAUCACACCAGUGAAAGGAACGCACCUGUGUAGGCUGGUUCGUGACUGAGUUGCGCGGAAUUUUGCUCAAGUGUUAAAUACUAAAUCAACUUCUACAUUAAGUGGACGACGAUUCUUAUAAAUAUGUGCAAUACGACAAAAAAAAGAUUAAAUACGUGAAAUUGUUAGCUAUUUAUACAGUCAUCCAUAUGAACGGGGUGAUGCUGGUGGAAAACCGCAAUUGAUGCGCCAAACCAGUGCAUUGCCGAGGUAUUCUUUUGUUAUUUUCUGGAGCAACUGAGGUUGACAAUGCGAAUUGAUCAGUUGUCUACAUCGUAUCAUUUACAUCAGUCAGGUUUCAUUAUUUGGUAUGGAAAAAUAUGGAUUUGUUGAUAGGGCUGUAUUAAGUGCGCGUUCAGGAGAUGUUAAAUGAUUAUAUGACACAGCGAGAAAUGUGCAGCGACGUGACUGCUCGUAUGUCAACGUUGUAAACUUCAGUAUGAAGAUCGCAGCGAUGUUUUAGUGUACUAAAUGUGUUGUACCCUAUGGUGUUCUGCUCUUUUUGACUGAAUAGUUGUUUGUAUAAGUGAUUACAUAUUCGGCAAAUAUAGCCAACAUAAAACAGUCGUGACACUUUUCUGCAUUCUGUUUUCCUCAUCGCCUAUAUAUUUUUUUGGAACGCUUACCGUUUGCAACAGUAAUUGUGUACGCCUCUGACAUCGGUUUUAAAGAGUCUCUUACGUAUCUGCCUGGAUUCCUGCGUUUUUUCCCGUUUAAAAAAAAAAUAUAUAUAAUAACAUUUUAGCGACAAAAUCGGUCUUACUUUUUACUAUAAAAAUUGUGUGUAUGUUUUGGUAAUAUACGUAAUGUAAAUACAACUGGAUACAACGUCUUACAGAUUUUCUUCAGUAAUUUCGUAGCUAUAUUUUUGAUAGGUAAUUCGCUAUUUAUUUUGGGGAUGUGCAAGAGAAUAAGCAUGCUGCCAAUAAUCAAAAUGUGGCAGUGCCUGACCACGGAAACUUGAGAGGAACUGAUCUUACUCAAGGCACCGCUAGGCCUUGCGUUUUACACUCUGAUAUCGGGUUUCCCUAUGAUAGAACCCCCCGAUGGUGGUGUCUCGGCGGUGGGAGAGGCUCGGAUCCCGCAGGCCUUUCCUCUCCCUCCCGUUGUGGCUGCAGUCUAGAAUGUUGCGGCAGGUUUUGCGUGAAGGGCUGAGGACGUCUUUCUACAAACUCGGCCACUUUGUAGCCAACCACCCGGUGUUCUUCUUAUCUGCUCCGGUGCUCGUCUCCAUCCUGCUGGGAGCCAGUUUCAGCCGCUAUCGCGUCGAAGAAAACAUGGAGCACCUAUUGGCCCCCAAACACAGUCUGGCCAAAAUAGAGGGCAAACUGGUGGACAGCUUGUUCCCUGUCAACAGAUCCAAACACACUCUUUAUUCAGAUCUCCAGACUCCAGGGAGAUACGGCAGGGUGAUUGUCACCACAGGCCGGGGGAACGUAUUGGACCAGCAUCACGUCGAUCAAAUUCUGGAGCUCCACAGUGCGGUCACUAUGAUGCAGGUGCACGUGCUGGGCUUCAACUACACGUUCGCCCACCUCUGCCUGCUGGACGACAACAGCAGCUGCAUCGUGGACGACAUCCUGCACGUGCUGGAGGAGCUACGGGCGGCGUGGGCCUCCAACCGCACUGCCCCGCCCCUGCGCUAUCCCAUCACCACGCUGCAGGACGGCCGCGAGGCGUACAUCGGGCACCAGCUGGGCGGGGUGCAACAGGGGGGGCGCAAGAGCGUCCGCUCUGCCCGGGCGCUGCAGCUCACCUACCACCUGCAGGCGGCAAGCCCCCUGAACGACAUGGUGGCCACGCGCUGGGAGGCGCAGUUCUGCCGCGCCCUGGAGCGCUAUCAGGCUAGCCACCCCGAGAUCACCCUGUACCCCUUCACCUCCUCCUCCCCACAGCGGGACUUUCAGAAGACCACCAAGGUGUCGGAGUGCCCUCUGCUGGUCAGCCUGUGCCUGUGCGUCUCGCUGGCCGUACUGUGUUGCUCCAUGAGGGACUGCGUACGGACCAAGCCCUGGCUGGGGCUCCUGGCUCUGGUCAGCGUCGGCCUGGCUACCCUCACCUCUGCUGGCAUUAUCAACCUCGCCGGUGGCAAAUACAACUCUACCUUCCUGGGAAUCCCCUUCAUCAUGCUGGGUCAUGGGCUGCUCGGGACUUUUGAGAUGCUGUCAUCAUGGCGACGGACACGGGAGGACCAGCACGUGAAGGAGCGCGUGGCGGCAGUGUUCUCGGACUGCAUGCUCCCAUUCACCGCCAGCACUGCCUUGUACCUGGUCACCUUCGGCAUAGGCGCCAGCCCCUUCACCAACAUCGAGGCUGUGCGCCUCUUCUGCCAGAACACUUGCAUCUCUGUGCUCUUCAACUACCUCUACAUCAUCACCUUCUAUGGCUCCAACCUGGUCUUCACCGGCUACAUGGAGAACAACUACCAGCACAGCCUCUUCUGCAAGAAAGUGCCCAAACCCGAGCUGCUGCUCCAGAAGCCGGCCUGGUAUCGAUUCCUCAUGUACACGCAGUUCAACGAAGAGGCAUCUGAGCUGGGGGACCUGCGCACGUACGAGAGUCACCUGCUGGUGGCCUUCAUGAAGCGCUACUACUGCGGGUGGAUCACCAACACCUACGUCAAGCCCUUUGUAGUCCUCUUCUACCUGGUCUAUAUCUCCUUCGCGCUGAUGGGCUACCUGCAGGUGAGCGAAGGCUCAGACCUCAGCGGAGUGGUCGCCACGGAGACCAGCACCAUCACCUACACCAAGGCCCAGCAGAAGUACUUCAGCAGCUACAGCCCCGUCAUCGGCUUCUACAUCUACGAGUCCAUCGAGUACUGGAACGCCAGCGUGCAGGAAGACCUGCUGGAGUACACCAAGGGCUUUGAGAGAAUCUCAUGGUUCGAGAGCUACCUGGGCUACCUGCGCAGCCUCAAUGUGAGCACCAGCCUGCCCAAGCGCGACUUCACCGAGCGCCUCCGCUCCGGGUUCCUCAAGCAGCCGCAGUUCCUGCACUUCUCAGACGACAUCAUCUUCGGCCGCCUGGCGGACAGCGAGGUGGACGUGGUGGCCUCCCGCAUGUUCCUGGUGGCCAAGACCACAGAGAACAAGCGCGAGGAGAUGCACGUCCUGCUGGACACCCUGCGCAAGCUCUCGCUUACCUCCCGCAUCAAGUUCAUCAUCUUCAACCCCUCCUUCGUCUACAUGGACCGUUACGCCUCCUCGGUGGGCGCCCCGCUCAAGAACUCCUGCAUCGCCGCCCUAUUCCUCCUCUUCUUCUCCGCCUUCCUGGUGGCCGACUCGCUGGUCAACGUGUGGCUGACGGUGACCGCGGCCUCGGUGGAGUUUGGCGUCAUCGGGUUCAUGACCCUGUGGAGGGUGGAGCUGGACUGCGUCUCGGUGCUGUGCCUGAUCCACAGCGUCAACUACGCCGUGGACUCGUGCGGCCCGCUGCUCUCCACCUUCGCUCUGGGGCGUGAGUGCACCCGCACGCGCUGGGUGAAGCUGGCGCUGGAGCGCCACGGCGUGCCCGUGCUGCAGAGCUGCCUGUGCCACGGCGCCGCCCUGCUGCCCCUGGCCGCCGUGCCCUCCAACCUCACUGGCACCCUGUUCCGGUGCCUCUUUCUCACCGCCUUCAUCACCCUCUUCCACUGCCUGGCCAUUCUGCCUGUACUCCUGACCUUCCUGCCGCCCUCCAAGAAGAAGCGGAAAGAGAAGAAAGGGGUGGAGAGCAGGGACGAGAUCGAGUGCGUGGAGAUGGUGGACAGCACACGAGUGGUUGACCAGAUCACCACAGUCUGAGAGGUGCUUGCGGACUUCACGGACCAGGUCACCAAAGUCUAACAGAGGCUUGCAGGGUUGGAGACCAGUCACAAGUAGAAUGCAUAUUCUAGAAAAGGAAAUGUGCAUGGGGAAGUUAUGAUGAGAGAAUGGGCUAGCCGCGUAAGCCAGGAAAGUCCUGUUGCUGCAGGUGCAAGAGCAGUGAUGUUAGAUUGACAGUUGUCACCAGUUAUGAAUAGUCUGGAUGAGUGAAAGGUUAUACUUCAAUUGUCAUGAGAAACAAUUGUGAGAGAGAAUGCAACAUCUCCUUUACUCCCUUCAGUCUGAUGAAAGGAUGGUUGAGAGAAUUUUGCUUCUGGGUCAAAUAGACAGGCUAUUACAAAGGGAUAUGCGGGUGAUGGCAUCAAACGGUUCUUCUCUGCAGGAAUCAGAGAUGACAAAGGUUAUCUUGAGUGGAAUAAGGAUGUUUUCAGAUUUAUUUCACUGCCAGUUUUAUCACCUCCCUCUGAUGUAAGAAUAGAUUUUGUUUCUGGUAACUUCCCCAAAUCUCCAAUCUUUCCUUUAUUUAUGUUUCAGAUGUGUGUCUCGUGCAUGACUCAUGUAACAUUUCAAAACAGAGCAAGAAAAUGACAAUAGCCAUUUUGCCAGCCUCCCACUCCCUUUGAUUCUCACAUACACGGCUUCUGUCAGUUCUCAUCUCUCUAUUCAAUAUGUUUCUAUCCACUCACCCUUUCUGUCUUUCUCACUGCCGUCACACACAUACAGGGCCACCGGGUAAAAUUCCCAAACCUACACGUUCAUUACACAUUGGGCCCCCCCCUCCUCUAGGGCUCAGGACAACGUACCUGGUUAUACCCCCCCUAAACAGUGGCCCUACACACACACACACACACACACACUCACACACGCUAUGGGUAUUGUGACUAUUUCCUUCCUACUCCCUGUAGGGGAGGGGGGGUUGGGCGGGAAUCUAAAAGAUGUGACUGAGAACGUAUUAAAUUACAUAUUUUAUUAAAUGAAUGUAAUGUGAUUCUUAUGCAGCAUUGUGAUUAUCUUCUUUUUUUUUUCUUUGGUAAGAGUCAUAUUUUUAUGCAUUGGUAUAUUGAAUGACUGUUCACCUAAUUCUUAGGAAUAUUUAUUGAUCAACAUGGAAUCUAUGAAAGGUAACUGAAUCAGUAAAUUAUUUUUCACUAUCAUGCAGUUUGACAAGUACUGUCUCUAUAUUGAAAAGUAAACGGUCAGUAUUCAGAAGAAUUUCCUAUCAUAUAUUUCUUAUGCUUUGAUAUCAGCAUGUGAUAUUUCCCUUCUCCAAUGUACAGUAUGACCGAUGAGCAGGCAUGUGAUCUAUUACUUCUUGCAACUCAUUUAUUUCAUAUCUCCACAUGAUUCUUAUAAUUGUGCCAAAGCUGUCCUGCACUUAAACAUUUUAAUCGGAAAUGCAAACACUGAAACCUUAUACAUAGAUUAAUCCUGCCUCUAGGACUAGAAUUCAUUGCUGAACACCCUUGUGUCUGUUAACAUAAAAGGCAGUACACAAUUGGUGUAAACGGACAUUCCACAAAAGCCAAAAGCCCUCUUUUACGAGACUGCUAGUUUUGGCUUUCUUAGAUACUGACACGCUUGAAUGACUUGUCAGUAUGGCGGCAUAUUAUAGUGAAAGCAGGCAAUGAACAGUGUUACUCUUGAAAUGGAACUGUGCAUUAAAACAUACAAGGUAUGCAAUGCCCCCUA